AUGAAUGAAAGUAAGGAAAACGAGAUACUGCGUCCUGUGUUUCCGAAAAAGGGCAACUUGUUGCUCAAUGCAUUGAACUACGUUAAAGAGGUUGAUAACUAUCAGAAACAAUUAAGUCAAUCGGGGACCAGUCAAGACCGGGCUACUGAAUUAAUAACAAGAAUAAAAGAUAAAAAGCAAUUACUUUACUUAUUAUCGAUAUUUCAUUAUGAAUUAUCUAAGAUUGGAAUCACCAAUAAGGACCCGGAUGAGUUUCGCAAUUCAAUACUAUGGAGGUAUAGAUUGAAUUGGUUGUUCAAGUAUAAUAAGAUUCAUAAUAUUUUUUGGGAAUCAUGCCAAUUAGAAAAUGUUAGUGAAAAUAAUCAUUCGUUAGGGUUUAAUCCAAUCAGCAUUGGUAUUUUAGAUCCACGCAACUUCUCCACAGAUACUUAUAAGCAAUUACAAAGUGGUAAGUUGGGAUCAGUUGACUUUAGUGAUGUUCAAGGAAUUACAUUUUCCAGACCCCCAUAUCAAAGGUAA